GGCGCCUACCAGCUUCGCCGCUUACCUCUCCCCGCCCCCCUCCCGGAGUGCUUCCGCUCGGGGUGAUUCUCCUUCUUAUUGACAAACACCGAGCUAGCGGCCGCGGGUUCCGGGGUGUCUUUUUAUAGCCGAGCCAUGGGAGACAAGAAGAGCCCGACCAGGCCGAAGCGGCAGCCGAAGCCAUCCUCGGAUGAGGGAUACUGGGAUUGUAGUGUCUGCACCUUCCGGAACAGCGCGGAGGCUUUCAAAUGCAUGAUGUGCGACGUGAGAAAGGGCACCUCUACUAGAUCCACAUACUUUGAAGUUAUUGUGAAUGCCUUGAGGACCAUGGAACCGUUGAAAUUUCAAAUUUCAGAAAGGAAACCUCGACCUGUCUCCCAGUUGGUUGCACAGCAAGUUACCCAACAGUUUGUGCCCCCACCACAAUCAAAGAAAGAAAAAAAAGAUAAAUUAGAAAAGGAAAAAAGUGAAAAAGAAACAACUAGCAAAAAGAACAGUUAUAAGAAAACCAGGCCACGAUUGAAAAAUGUGGAUCGGAGUAGCGCUCAGCAUUUGGAAGUAACCGUUGGAGAUCUGACAGUCAUUAUUACAGACUUUAAGGAGAAAACUAAGUCAACACCUGCAUCUAGUGCUGCUUCUGCAGAUCAACAUAGUCAGAGUGGUUCUAGCUCUGAUAAUACAGAGAGAGGAAUGUCCAGGUCAUCUUCACCCAGAGGAGAAGCCUCAUCAUUAAAUGGAGAAUCUCAUUAAAGUUUACUUUUUUUCCAGUUUCUUUAGUCACUUCUCUGUAACAUGCAAAUACAAAGAUUUUUGCCAACACAUGCCACAUUUUCAUGACAGACAUUCAUGCACAGUCUACAACAUGUUUUACAUAAAAUAAAAGUACAUUAGGAUUAAUAAUUUUGUUGUAAUCUACACUAAAGACCACAUUUGCAGAAUUAACAUUUUGAUAUCCAGAGUUAAAAGUGCCAUGAAAAUGUGGUAGAGCAUUCAUUAUGCAGUGUUAUUAGUAACCUUUUUCACUUUUAGUGAAUUCCAACACUUAAACCUUGAUUUUGCUACUAUUGAAUGGCAUGUACUGAAUUAAAAUUUUUAUAACAUAGUUCAAGCUGCCUAGAUAUGUAUUAUUUGAGAAUUAUGAAACAGUUGUAUAAGUGUGUUUGUGUGUGUGUAUAUGUAUACACAUAUAUACAUACAAGUCAGAUCAAUUCAGUCAACUAUUAGAGCAACCAGAUUUUCAUAAUAGUUAUCUUCUUAAGUACACCUGCUGGUAUUUGGUGUGAUUAAAUUAGGAAAAUUGUUAUUAAAGGAUUUCUAUUAACUUUGGCCAAUGUUUUUUGACACAUUUUACUAGAUUACUCUUACAAAAUUAUGUUUCUUGUUUUAUCAGAUUUUCUUUCCUUGGCUUUUUAAAAUAUUCAUUUAUUAUGUUUACUAGCAAAAUACUAAACAUUUUAAAGUAUCAAUUGUUUAGCUUUGUAAUUGAGAUAAAGUACUAUUAUGAUCACACACUGGUAUUUUCCAUAUUAUAUAAAAUUUUCCCUUUGAAAUGAUUGUAUGUCUUUGCCAAAACAACAAGAACAAGCCAGCAACGGAACAAAUUUCCAUUUUAAAAAGUUGCAUUUCUGAAAAGGCUUUAAAUGAAUAAUAAUUUUAUCACUUGUUUCUUGCCCCAGAUUUAUUCAGUGCUAUCAACAUGUAUAAAAAUAAUUACUAUAGAAAUAUGGAGUAUUUCACAAAACUUGGGAAUAACUAAUAAUAAUGUAUCGUAUUUCUUCUUAAGUCAGCUUUUGUUAUUUUAAUUGGCCCUUUAUUAAAUGUCUUUAGUAAUUCCUCUGAAAAACAUGCAGUUCCCUAUUUUCAGGCACAAUUUAUCAUUUAUGCAUAUAUCAAUAUACUAAUGCAGACAAAAAUAUUUACGGUCACCCAGCAUUAUGUAAAAUUACCAAUAAAAUAUUUUUAUGACUAUA